AUGGUACUACCUCUUCCAAUGGUGUUAAAUGUUCACUGUUCCGUGAUCUUUAACUUGAUUUCAGUAUUUUUAGUGAGUUAUGUCACAACGCAGAUAGUAUUACCAGGGCGUGGCACGCGCAAAUACAUUUUCUCUGCCAUCGGAACUGUUUUUGUUGCCAUACUCGUGGUUGUCGGUCUUCGGAUACCUCAGUUGCCGCGGUCUGCCACAGAUCCCGUACUGGAACCAAACAGAGUGUUGGUGAUCGCACAUAGAGGGGGUGGUCACGACGCCCCUGAGAACACCAUUGCUGCCAUCAGAGAGGCGAAAAAGAACGGUGCUGAUGGAGUGGAACUUGAUCUUGAGUUUACUGAAGAUGGCGUUCCGAUUUUACUGCAUGAUUCUACAGUGGAUCGCACUACCAACGGAAGCGGAAACAUAAACUCAUUUACAUUUGAAGAAGUCAGAAAGCUAGAUGCAUCACAUGGUCACAGAUUGAGUUCACAGUUUGCCAAUGAGCGGAUUCCGACACUAGAAGAAGCCACUGAAGAAUGUUUAAAACUCGGACUUAAGAUAUUCCUGGAUGUGAAAGCCAAUCCUAAACAGACUGCCCAAACCCUGUCAGAUCUUUACAACAAAUACAAAAUACUUUAUCAGACAUCGAUGGUUAUUUCCUUCUUUCCUGAGACUAUUUACAGGUUAAGACUCCUUGAUUCCAACAUAGUUACCGGGUUGCUUUACCGUACUGGCGCCCUGACAUAUGCGACAUCGGACCCGACAGCUGAGUACCGAGAAUUUGAAACGUGGCAGUCAGCGGCUCCGCCGAUACUCGACGUUCUACUUUAUUGGUCGCACCAUUCAUGGCUGUGGUACCUAUGUGGAAACUCAGCCUUUCUCUUAUUCGACAAAGAAGUCUCAGAACAAGUCAAGGUAUAUUGGGAAGCCAGAAACAUUGAGCUCAUCGGAUGGACAGUAAACGACAGCACAGAAAAGCGACAUUUUGAAAAAAAUUUGCAUAUUUCUUACAUCACUGACAGCUUAGCAUCUAAGUAAUCGUCACGAUCUCGAAAAUAAUUUCUUCUCAUGUGUGUGAACGAAACAGUUGGUGACACGAAACAAGUCGUAUACAAGUCAUUGU